UUUUUUUUAUACUCCAACUACCACGAAGGCCUAAGGCCUAAACACCCAUUAGAUACCGUGGGGCUAUAGGGGCAGCAUGCACACAUUCUGGCCCCGCCAACGAAAUCCGCCGGGUGGUACCUCCGCGUUCGAUAAUCAGAGACCAUCUACCACCUACGGACAAUCACAACAUCCAUAGCCAAGAGAAAAAUUUCUCUUGGGAC